CUUCCUGUAAAAAAUUGUUGUGGUUAGGAAGAAAAAAUGUUGCCUCUUUUGAGGUUUUGCCACCGUUUCAACGGUGGUUUGGGGAGCAGAAGUAUUCAUAAUGGAUUAACAUCGAAAAAUUCUUAUAAUUAUGUCAGAUUUACACUUUUGUCACGACGUACUCUUAGCGAACAUACAAUAAGGAAGAGUGGACUUGCUUCAAAUGUUAGGACACCUCUAUGUAUACACAACCAAAUAAACUUAGAUCAAUGGCAGCAUUUUACACCGUACCGAAAAUUUCACCAGACUUCUAGACUAAACGUUCAUCCAAUUGUUUGGAUGUUUGUAAAACCUAUAACGAAACUGUCGGCAUUAUUAUUUGGCAGACGUCUAAGACUUCACUGGAAAGAGCUCCCACAUCAGCAAAAAGCAGUAAUUUUGACUGCCUUGCUUGGGGCCACAGCCUUGGCACUAACAUUAUAUACCAUGGCUCACACAGAGACAGUGCCCAUCACUGGGAGAAAACGCUUCAUCUUUAUCACACAUGACCAGAUGAUUAAAAUAGUGGAAAGAGAAGUGGAAGAAGUUUUAGAAAGUUGUAAAGACAAGAUUUUACCGUCAACACAUCCUUUAUACAAAGCCAUUAUAGGCGUGGCAGAAAGACUGUGUGUACAAAACCAAGAUAUUCAACAAAUGAAAGACAUGCAGUGGAAAGUUUUUGUCAUUGAAAAUGAUGAUUUCAAUGCUCAUGUUUAUCCUACAGGAGAAAUAUUUGUCAAUACAGGCUUGCUUAAAUUGGUGACAAAUGCUGACCAGCUAGCUGCUAUCCUAGGACAUGAGAUGUCCCAUGCUUUACUCUCUCAUGCAGCAGAACAGUUGAGUUAUGCUCAAAAGUGGGACUUUUUUGUGAUUGUUAUUAUGGCAGCUCUAUGGAUGAUCAUACCAAGUGAUGGAAUUGCUUCCAUAACAUCCUGGUUCAUGCAUCGUGUCAUUAAGUAUUUUGAUCUGCCCUUCAGCAGAGAAUUGGAAAAGGAAGCAGACAAAGUGGGGCUACAAUUGGCAGCCAAGGCUUGUUUUGAUGUGCGGGAGGCCAGCGUUGUGUGGAGCAUGAUGCAAGUAAAGGACACAGUGGAGGGAAACAGUAUCCCAGAAUUCAUGUCUACACAUCCAUCCAAUGAAACCCGAGUAGAGCUCAUAGACUUCCUGAUACCUCGAAUGACAGAGCUAAGAGACAAGUGUAAUUGUCCGAGACUGCCCAGCAAUGACCCAAGGGUGGCGAUGCAGCACGUCAAACGCUUCGUGGACGACAAAGUGGUAGCUAAGCAGGCGGGGCAGAAUUUGUCCAAACUUCAAGCUCAAGUUUACCAGAAGCCCACCAUCCAGCGUCGGGUCGCCCCAGGGCAGAGCUAACCUCCCUGUGCUUAUGUUAAUCGACUGUUGCUAACA